CCGAAAACUAAUUAAAUGGUGUCAUUCUAACGGCGCCAUUUUCUCCCGGACGGAGAGUUGACCUCCGAACUUCCAAGCAACCAUUGAUGGCGACGGCGACGAGAGCAAUUGCUUUGCUGCUCAUAACCGUCGCGGCGGUCGUCUCCAAUGCAAUAGACGACGGCGGCGGGAAUUUCUCGAUGGAGGAAGCCACCAUCGACCAGAUCCAGGCAGCAUUCGCCGGAAACCAGCUCACCUCGAAAGACCUAGUCAGCUUCUACUUGGAUCGAAUCGCCGAGCUGAAUCCUUCCCUCCGGAGCGUACUGGAAGUGAAUCCCGACGCGCUGGACCAAGCAGCGAAGGCCGAUCUGGAGAGAUCGGAGAAUCAGGGACGAUUGGGAGGUCUCCACGGGAUUCCGAUUCUGCUCAAGGACGGGAUAGGGACGAAGGACAAGCUGAACACGACGUGUGGGUCUUACGCGCUGCUGGGUUCGGAGGUGGCGCGUGAAGCUGGAGUCGUCGACCGGCUGAGGAACGCCGGAGCGGUGAUCUUGGGGAAGGCGAGCAUGAGCGAGUGGUACCGGUUUCGAUCCUUCCGAAUGCCCAACGGCUGGUGCGCCAGAGGCGGCCUUCCGCAGAAUCCCUAUGUGAAAGGGGCUGAUCCAUGUGGGUCGAGCAGCGGGCCGGCGAUCUCAGUGGCGGCGAACAUGGCGGCUGUGGCGAUUGGGACGGAGACUCAUUCUUCCAUCCUCUGCCCAUCCGAUCACAACUCCGUCGUUGGGUUCAAACCCACCGUCGGACUCACCAGCCGGGCCGGCGUGGUACCGGUCUCGCCUCGUUGGGACACCAUCGGGCCGAUAUGCAGGACAGUGUCUGAUGCAGUGUAUGUUUUUGAUGCAAUUGUUGGAGUGGAUCCAAGAGACUACAAAGCAACAAAGGAAGCAUCCGAGUUCAUACCCUCUGGUGGGUACAAACAGUUCUUGAGAGCUGAUGGGCUGAAAGGGAAGAGGCUAGGCAUUGUGAGAACCCCAUUCAUGGACUCUGUCGAUGAUUCUACCGUCUUAACGACAUUCAACAGCCACUUGGAAGUGUUCAGGCAAGGAGGUGCAACGGUGGUAGACAAUCUGGAGAUUGCUAAUGUGGAUUUGAUCCUGCAACCAUUCGAAACCGGGGAAAUCAAGGUGAUGAUGGCAGAGUUUAAAGUUGCAGUCAAUCAGUACCUCCAGGAACUUGUCAAGUCGCCUGUUAGGUCUCUAGCAGAUGUGAUUGCCUUCAAUGUCAACAAUUCGGAUUUGGAACACAUGAAGGAGUACGGUCAGGACAUGUUCGUCGAAGCGGAGAAGACGAAUGGGAUGGGGGAGAAGGAGAUGGAGGCUGUGCAGCUGAUGGAGGACUUGUCGCGGCGAGGCUUCGAGGAACUGAUGCGGCGAAACGAGCUGGACGCCAUGGUUACAUUCGGCUCCGAUGUGACUGCAGUGCUGGCCAUUGGAGGGUAUCCUGGGAUCUCUGUGCCGGCUGGGUAUGAUAGCAAUGGCAAGCCAUUUGGGGUUGUGUUUGGAGGGCUGAAAGGCACGGAGGCGAAGCUCAUCGAGGUUGCUUACGCCUUCGAGCAAGCCACGGCCAUGCGACGGCCACCGGCAGGUUUCUUCUCGUUUGAUAAUCUGGACGAGAAGCUCUACUUGUCUGCAACAUAAGAUCCUGUGGUUGCCUCUUUGUAUCUUGUCGACGUGGAUACAAGUUCAUCGUUUUCGUGAUUGUGUACAGAAAUCUGAACUAGUUGAUAUAUUAGUGUCAAUGUAACUUGUACAAGCUAACUAAUCAUAGAUUCUGAUUGAAUUGGAUCGGAAAAAAUGGAAUCAAAUUCGAAGGAAAAGUGUUGAUCUGAUCUAUUUCUACUUGGUUCUAUAUAUCUAGAUUG